AUGAUGCUCCUCGUACUUGUUCUGCUGUUCCGCUUCGGAGGUCGUCAGCUUCCGUCCCCGACGACUGCGACACUCCGAGGUCCGCCACGUGGGAGAUAUCGGACGUCAGCGUUCAGCAGACGGCCGAUGCCGGUGGAUGUUGCGACGCCGGGCCUGAAAGCGGCUUCCCGUGGCGGACUGGAUGCUGGUUCUUCCGCUGAGGCUCCUCCUCUAUCACUCCAGGAGCAGAGGCUAAAGCGAUUUAUUACACUCGCCGAGCUGAUCCCUCCAGGGUCACCUGCGGCCGACAUAGUGAGUUUGGAUGAGUACACGAACGAGUCGUGGGAGGGUUGCGUCCACUGUUGAUGCUGUCUGCCCUGGCCUGCAGGGAUGUGACCACGGUCUGCUCGCUGCGCAUCUGGUGCAUUCAGGGAGAUGCCCCAAUGCCAUCGCCAUCGACAGGUCGUCGUCGUCGUGUGAGGCUGCAAGGUGGGCAUGUCAGUCAGUCAAUCAGGAGCACCACCCUCGUCUCUCAACGGCUGCCUCUUGUCGAUUGUCAGGUCUACAGUGGAGAGGUUUGCGCUGUCACAUGCUGUGGACGUUCGUCAAGGCGAUGGACUGACAGCUUUGUCUGCGGGGGAGGUGGACACCGUCUGCGUGGCCGGGAUGGGCGUCGGGGGCAUUCUCGACAUUCUCAAGGGUCCGCCACAAGCCGACUCAGAUCCAUUGUCGAGGGAGGACUCACUGCUCCGGAGCCUUCGCAUCAGGACGCUGGUGCGCAUCGCAUAUCGUGCGUCUACGCAAAUGAUGAUGACACUGUCAGCUGCACCGAUCCACAUGUAUCCAUCGGUGUGUGCGUGUGUCGUGUCAGGUGGUCCAGCCGCAGACGCCGCGUCUUGGCAGCCUCUACGCUCUGCGUCGCUGGCUGCAGGUACACCAAUGGCCCAUCAAUGAAGAGCGGCUUGUGGUUAUCGGCAAGCGGCUGUACGUCACCAUCAAAGCAGUGGCGACACAGCCACGCGCAGUUGACCGCGAUGCAGUGCUGUCUGCCGACAUCGAGCGGGAGCUGCUGUUGGGUCGCGCGCAGUGGGAGAGUGACAGAGAUAACGAUGGGAUACGACACAGAUACCACAGGUAAGCUCUAAUGGAUUACGUGGGUGGGUGCUAACGGGUAGGUAUCAUCCAUGUGAGUGUUCCUUUCCGUGAUGUAUGUGUCUUGCAAGGUAUCUCGUGAACCAGCGCACGGUUCUCGCGCGUCAGGUGGCCGAUCCGCGUUGGCAGUCUGAGCAGAAGCAGCGAUGGAUGGCCAUCCUCGACGACGCCAUCCGGUCGCCCACGAUGAGUCCAUCGAUGCCUCUCGACUGAGACCAACCGACUCAUCAGCAUCGGGUAAGCCCGACACGCAGGCAACCAGCCAAUAAGGCAGCCAGCCAGCCAGCCAGCCAGGUGCCCUUCCCCACAGUCAAUCGUUCCACCAGCCGCCGUAUGAACGAGUGGUGGGUUUAUGGUUUUUCGGCUGUGGCAUAGCGAGCGUAUCGGUAGCCAGCUAGAACAAGGGGCAGCAGCACUUGUGACACGCCUCUUGAGUAGAAAGGCCACCACAUCCAUUCCCCGUGAUGACCGAUCUCAUCGCAUCUUGUCUGUCUGUUCGUGUGUGUCUCAGGCAGGCAGGCAGGCAGGCACAGAUCGGCGACCGUUGGGCAAGGGGGCGGGGCCGCUUGUGUGGAUGUGGUUUGGGCUGAAAGAAAGCGAGAAGACUAUGCAUUGAUGUGCCACUCGGUGAUGUUGAUGAUCUGCGGUGUGUGCACUGGACAUCGG